GUUCAGAUCUACGAGGUGGAGGAGCACAAGAUUGAGACCUGGCGAGAGGUGUACCUGCAGGGCUCCUUCAAGCCACUGGUCUACAUCUCUCCGAGCAAUAGCCUCUUUGACGCUGUCUACUCCUUGAUCAAGCACAAGAUCCACCGCCUUCCUGUCAUCGAGCCUGUCUCGGGCAAUGUCCUGCACAUCCUGACGCAUAAGCGCAUCCUCAAGUUCCUCCACAUCUUUGGCUCCACCAUCCCCAAGCCACGCUUCCUGAAGAAAACAGUGCAGGAACUGUGCAUUGGCACCUUCCGCGACGUGGCUGUCGUGCCUGAGACCGCCCCUGUCUAUACCGCCCUGGAGAUCUUCGUGGACCGCCGCGUCUCUGCCCUGCCCGUCAUCAAUGAUGCUGGGCAAGUGGUCGGCCUCUACUCCCGGUUUGACGUCAUUCACCUGGCAGCCCAGAAGACCUACAACAACCUGGACAUCAGCGUGCGGGAGGCGCUGCGGCAGCGCACCACCUGCCUGGAGGGAGUCCUCACCUGCUACCCACACGAAACCAUGGAGGACAUCAUCGACCGCAUCGCCAAGGAGCAG